AUGUCUGACAACGACAGUUUCCCAAUCCGCGACCCUCAGGUCCUGAGGGAUGGGUAUGACCUGCCCGUGUAUGGCCUAGCUUCUGGGAGAUUUUAUGCAUUACAUAUACCAGCGCUGAUCUGUAUCUUCCUCAGCUUGAUUUCGGUUAUUGUAACUAUUGUUCUGAGUUUCAGAAAAAAUCCAAAAAAAUCCUUUUUUGAUUGGACAAAAAGCGAGAGAUUUAUUGUUUAUAUGGCGAUUUGCGAUGGUGCUUUUAACGUGUCGCAUAGUUUGGACCAUCUUCAAAUCCUUGUCACACGGAACCAUGUGUAUCCCGUGACACUUUGUCAAUUUUAUGGUGUCAUGUUGUUAGAGUUUAUCACGGCUCAGAACUUAAUGGUUAAUAUUGUGGCAGUUAACGCAUUCACUCUAAUGAUCUUCAAUAAACAGCUGAAUUUUGGAAAACGAGAUUGGAGACUUCUCCUGUGGAUUUACGGAGCACCUUUCGUCUUCUCAAUGAUAGCUCUUGCAACUAAACAGAUUGGUCCAACGGGCUCAGCUUGCUCGUUUGACGGCGUAAAUGGGAAAAUGGGAUCCUUUCUUCUGACGACGCUUCCCCUCUCCGUCAUUCUGAUUAUGAACACAACACUCUACAUUUUGACGUGGAUUAAACUUCGUGCUAUGGAACAAAUGUUGAAGAAAUCACUGGGUAAACAGUCAUCUGCUACUCGAACAAAGCACGCAGCAGUUCGUGCCAUGUCGCUGUUUGUGCUAGCUUUCAUCAUUCAGUGGUGGGCUAUGGCUAUGCGUGGUAUCUGGGGGUUCGCCAAACCAGGCGGUGUACCCGCUGCAGUUCACCAUACCGUUACCACAUUUUCCAACAUCGGUGGGAUAUUAAAUCUUGGGGUUUACCUUCUGAUCAGACGACAAAUGCAUCUACAGACAAAAUCGGAGAGUAGCUCGGGCACAAAACGACCUGGGACUAAAGAUACAAGUGACACAGAAUUAUAGAAUGCUACUUCACUGAGUUUUUUAUUACCUUUUUCUAUUUUAUGAGUUUAUAUAAAGGUUCAAGAUAAAAGAAUGCUUGACACUUCAUGCCAUUCUCAUGAGUUAUAAUAUUCAAUGGGAAAAGAUGAUGGUACAAAUAUGAUUAUCAUUAUUAUUCAUGAUUUCACGCCUUUUGC